UCUUCUCUCUCUUUUCUGUUUAUGUAUACCUUUUGUUUGCAUCCAUUGAUGUCUUUCUCUUUGUCCUGUCUCCUUAUUUUCUUGCUUAAUUUCAGUGAUCUAUAUUUAUUUGAUGGGUUUUUGAGGUGGGUUUUUGCUAAUGAAGACUUGGGGCUUCGAUUUAUACUUCUUUGCAGUUCAGUUCUGCGUCUAAUUCCUAAAGUUUUUUGAAUCUCUGUUUGGUGUUUGUGAAAAAGAAAGGGGGCAGAGGAAGAGGAACUGUUUGUCCGUUCCAAUGAAGAUCUAAUUCAAAUCAUUCUUUUCUUCUUUCUUUAAUAAAAUUUUGGUUGGAACUUAAUUCAAUUUCUCAUGAUCUUAAUUCUUUACUAAAUAUGAUUCCUCGAUUUUCUUUCUCUUUUCCUACUCUUCUCUGCUUCUUAUUCUGGCUACUGAGGAACUGGGAAAGUAUAUAUUUGUAAACUUUUAUCUUUCUAGUGGAUUGGGUUUGUCUUAGUUGAAUUUGUCUUCAAUGGGAAUAAUAGAUGUUCUCUUCUCAUUGUAUUAGAUCUGCUAUUUGUAAGAGUUCAUCCAUGGUUACAGCUACUGCAGUCUUUCUGUUACCUGUGAAUGGUUUCUAAAUUCUAAGUCUGAUUAGCAUCGUUUUUCUGUUAGAUUUGUCCAAUCUAAAAUUUGUAUAAUGUAAAACAUACCUUGUAUUUCUCUCGUUUCUGUAUCCUUUUCUUGCUUUAAUUCUUUCUUUCUCUUCAGAACAGAAAUCUGAAUUAAUUGCCUGAUUGUUGUGGGUGGAGCCACCUUCCUGAGCUGACUGUUUUGGAGAUGCCAUUGUUUUCUCCUUGCACACCUAUCCAAUAGAGAAAAUGAAGCAAGCCUCUGGCUUCUCUCUGCCUGUAACCAUUGUCAUUUUGGCCAUCAUCUACAUUUACUUCUCAACGCUCUUUGUCUUCAUAGAUGGCUGGUUUGGCCUUAUGUCUUCUCCAGGAAUCAUGAAUGCCAUUGUCUUCACUGCCCUGGCUAUCAUGUGUGUGAUGAACUAUGCAUUUGCCAUCUUUACAGAUCCUGGUUCAGUCCCAUCCACAUACGCCCCAAAUAUUGAAGAUGCCAAUAACACAAUUCAUGAGAUCAAACGCAAAGGAGGAGACUUGAGAUACUGUCGGAAGUGUUCUCGCUUUAAACCCCCUCGUGCUCAUCAUUGUCGCAUUUGCAAAAGAUGUGUGUUGCGAAUGGACCACCAUUGCGUUUGGAUAAAUAACUGCGUAGGCCAUGCAAACUAUAAGGUGUUCUUCAUAUUUGUUGUGUACGCCGUAAUUUCAUGCAUCUAUUCGCUGGUCUUGCUUAUCGGUAGUCUAACUGUUGACCCUGAAAAGGAUGAGCAGCAAAAUGGUGGCUUUUCCAGAAGCAUAUAUGUUAUUUCUGGGUUGUUGUUGAUCCCCUUAAAUGUAGCACUUGGUGUUCUUUUGGGUUGGCAUAUCUACCUUAUUUUGCAAAACAAAACCACCAUUGAGUAUCAUGAAGGAGUGAGAGCUAUGUGGCUUGCAGAGAAAGGAGGGAACAUUUAUAAACAUCCAUAUGAUAUUGGAGCUUAUGAAAAUCUGACAACUGUACUUGGGCCAAGUAUUUUUGGUUGGUUAUGUCCUGUAUCAGAAUAUAUUGGUUCGGGUCUUCACUUUCGUACAAUAUAUGAUGAGCCUCCCAUCACAUCUACUUCAAAAUAAAUAUCCAUUGUGGUUGGUUGUAUUGGUGCAUUGGCAAUAAAUGGAUAGGGAACUGUUUCAACUCUUGAAUGGUGGAUGCAUAUUGAUACUUGUAUAUUGUCCAACUGUGAAUCUUGCAUCAUCACAUGCCCAUAACGGCUAAUGUCCAGACGACUUCUCCACUGCAAGUCUGAUGAUGCAAGGAAAAGAACUGACCCAGAAUAGCUGAAGUUAGUCAAUCAGAGAAACUGUGAAGUAAUUAGGCAUAGCAGUCUUUCUUUCUUUCUUCUUUGUUAUAGUUUCUCAGCUAGUUUUGUGGACUUUUGGGAUAACACCUUGUGUAUAAAGAGGGGAUUUGAGUCCCUACUUAUCAAAAGGAGCAGGUAGAAGAAGAGAUGAGAACAUGUAAGAUGAGCGGUUAAUUCUAGCAAUAUAGAAUUGUAGUCUUUGUAAAACCAUAAUAAAACGAAAGCUGUGAAGUACUUUUGUUUGUCUA